CGGUGUCGCAGGCGGGCCCGGUGCGGGCCGCGCGUUGCCCGGCGACGGGCGGGGCCCCGCGGCCUAUCCCGGCCUGGCGCCUCGCCUUCCUCCCGCAGCCCCGCCGCGCCCGCCGAGCGCCGCCGCACCCGCCGAGUGCCGCCCCGCCCCGCCCGGCCCCGCCGAGCGCCGCCGCCGCCAUGGCCAGCUCCCCUGUGUCCCGAGUGGUGUACAACGGGAAGCGGAGCGGCGGCCCGCGCUCCCCCGGCGCCGGUAGCGAGAUCUUCACGCCGGCCCACGAGGAGAACGUGCGCUUCAUCUACGAGGCCUGGCAGUGCGUGGAGCGCGACCUGCGCAGCCAGAUGGGCUCCGAGCGCGGCCUGGUCGAGGAGUACGUGGAGAAGAUGCCGAACCCCAGCCUGAAAGCGUUUAAACCUGUCGACCUGGGUGAUCUGAAGAGGAGGAACACACAGGAUGCAAAGAAGUCCUAAGGCGGGUUCUCCCUGUAGAUCGGCUGCUCUCCUAAGGUCCUCAAGCAGAUAUAAGUUGAAAUUUUGUGUUGAUUUCCUCCUCUGGUCUGUGCUCCCUAAAGCCCGCGUGAGAGCCAGUCAGCUUUGGGGCUGGCUUUGAAGCUGCCUGAGGUCAAGGAUGCUCAGCAGCUUACCAAGGCUGCCCAGAGCCUGUUGCAAAGGAUUCCAGCCCCCUACUCAUAGCUUUCUCUGGCCUCAAACUGUCCUUCCUCCCUUCACACUGAGCUUCCCGGUCUCCUGUUCCCCUCCUGCCGCUGCCCUGAGCGCUGGGCGGGGCUGGGCUGAGCGGAUGGGCAGCACCAGGUCUGUGCACCAAGGCCCUGCAGCUGCUGAGGUGGGAUGUGGGCAGAAGGGACAGUUGGGUCUGUCCCUGUGCCUCAUCCAGCCUGCCUGUGCAGCUGAGGGCUGGGCAGGCUGCAGCCAGGUUGUUCCUAGCUCCACUGUGGCAGCAAGUUGCUGCCUGGGCUUCCAGAGCACACGGGCGGGCCACAUCCGAGGUUGGAUUUUCCAUGUGCUUAGAGCAGGCCAAGAUCCCUGCAGUGCUUGAGGGGAAUUGUUCCCCUCCCUGCAGAUGGAAAGGGGUGGGGUUCCCCACCCCAGGUGCCUGAGAGGUGCUCAGAGGGGCCCGAGCUCCCACCACCAGCCCCAUGGCA